ACAUUGGUGGGGUCAAACGUCAACCUAUGAAGAGCGAGAAACAGACAUUUCACAAUUCAAUUAAACAGCAUAGUACUAAAAAAUUCUCUUUUCUACUCAUUCAUCCCUUUGAUUUUCACACUAUAUAGUACUCCAUCUAACCCACCACGCAAUUAAAAGGUCUUAUAAUUAUAAAGUUCAUUUCCGUUCCCUUUUUAUAAUUCCCCUGUUUCUCUAUCUCCAAGACUCUCUUUAACUUUAUAGAUUUCAACAAAAACCCAAGCUACAAAUUACUGAUCAUCUCUUCAGAUAUACAUAUAGAUGGGUAGUACUUGUGAUGAUAUAUAUGGCAGUGGCCUUGCUUUAGGAUUAGGUUUUUCAUCAACAACCAAUCAGAAAUCAAGAAAAGAAACACCAGCUGCAAUAAGACUUGAUCUUGGUCUUGAACCCUCUCUUAAUUUAACCCUUUCUAGUGAUCAUCAGAUCUAUGAUCAGAAGGCGGAAAAUAAGGAUAAUUUUGCAUCAAAGGAUCAAUUAUCUGCUGAUUCAUCCUACUCUAAUACCAGUGUGAAAAGGGAAAGAGAUGUUGGUAGUGAGGUGACAGAAGUAGAAAGAGUUAUUUCAUCUAGAGUUAGUGAUGAAGAUGAUUAUGAUGAUGAUGAUGGUUCUAAUGCAAGGAAGAAACUUAGGCUGACUAAAGUACAAUCUGCUCUUUUAGAGGAAAGCUUCAAGCAACAGAGCACUCUCAAUCCUAAGCAAAAGCAGCACCUAGCAAGGAAGCUUAACGUAAGGCCUCGUCAAGUGGAAGUUUGGUUCCAGAACAGAAGAGCCAGAACGAAGCUGAAGCAAACAGAGGUGGACUGUGAGUUCUUAAAGAAAUGUUGCAAGACACUGACAGAUGAAAACAGGAAGCUUUACAAAGAACUUCAAGAACUAAAAGCUCUAAAAAUAGGGCAGCCCUUGUACAUGCAGUUGCCGGCAGCAGCCACCCUCACGGUGUGUCCUUCUUGCGAAAGAGUCGCCGGCUCAGGCCAAAACUCAUCCAAGCCUCACUUCUACGGUCCCUUCACCAACCCCUCAGCAGCUUGUUAAUUACCUAGUACUUAGUAGUACUUAUUAAAAUUGUCAUGUUAAUUUUUUAAAAUUUUCAUAUUAAUUAGAUUCUUAGGAACUCCCCCAGAACUCGCUGGAUAAGGGUUUGUACUGAAAUGGAAUGACUUGUAUAUAGUUCAUUAAUAUGUAGAGAAUUAGAGGUUUGCUGAUCAUUAAUCUAUCUCUUUAAUUUGUUUCUUUGUCGCAGUACAACUCUGUAAAUCGUUAAGAAAUACACUUAUUUUUGGUUGA